AUGACCACUAACACUGAAAGAAUCAACGCAUGCAUGCUCCCUGAUGUCAUCCACCUCUCCGGUCUUCAUCUCUCCCGCCCCAACCUCCUUACCUCUCUCCGUGUCUGUUCACUCUGGCACAACGUUCUCGAGCCCCUUCUCUGGCAGACUCUCACUCUCCAGAACCAACCCUGCAACCACAUCCCACGCCAGCCAACGCCUACUCUCUGUCUCCGAAACCGCCAUCACAUCCGUCACCUUGUCCAGACCGGCACCAACUCGCUCCUAAAGUUUCUAGCCUUCUCAACAACCCCUCAACCCCUACGCCUGACCUCCAUUCGCGUCUCCCUCCUUAGUCCCGAGAUCCUCAUGAUCACCCAACAAAACGCCGACACCCUCACCUCCUUCAGCUGUCGAUCCAACCGUCUCCGUAGAGGAGAGGCAGACCAGGAAGCCCAGGCACUAUGGCACCGCCAACUGUUUAUGGUUCUCGAAAUGGUUCCUCACUUGACCGACCUCGCCAUUGGACCAGCGGUUUUGAUCGACCCUCCAACAACAGUCUUCUCCAAAGUUGCCCACUCACUCAAAAGACUCGAACUCGACCGUGUCAAGGUGGCCGAUCGAUCUUGGUACGAUGAAUCGACACAGUCCGCCCAGGCAUUCUCUACCUUGGACCCAUUCCCAAAUCUCGAAACCCUGGUCAUGUUAGAACUCAUCCGCAAAGCUCCAAAGUUAAAGACGCUCACCUGGAAACGUGGCACCCAACUCUUGGUCCAGGCCUGGCUCUCUUCGGCUCUUCCCCCUCCCACCUCCCUUACAACUCUGGACGUCGCACACUCCCAUAUCGAGGAUGGAGACAUGGCCCAUAUUCUCACCAUGGUUCCGGGUCUUACGUCGCUCAAUGUCAAGUCGUCUCCAUUCGGACCUCAAAGCUGUGCUCAAUUGCUGGAGCAUCAUGCUCCGAACAUAACCAUGCUUGAAGUGUCCGAUUGCCACCAGGUGACCAGCACAAUGGUCAUGACCCUGCUGAGCAGUAUGCCCUCGCUGCUGCGAUUCAGCGCAAACAGAAUCGAUGCGGGCGAUAUUGCCAGACCCUUCCUCCACACCCUGCUAGGAGAAACCUUAUCCUCCCUUGCGGUUCCGAGCCACCGACAACCGUCUCUAUCUUUGGGAGAUCGACCCUGGGCCUGUCUCGGUCUGGUGGAGUUGGACAUUUCGAUCGUUAGGCUUUGUUCCAGCGAGUACCCUUCUCCGGCCCAAACCCGAUGUCUGAUCUAUGAACAGCUGUCUAGAUUAAAAAGUCUAGAAGUCCUGUCUCUUGGAGAAACCGAUGGCUCGACAUUGCGUCCCGGCAAUGAAUGGCUUGACAUGACCCUUGCUCAUGACCUGGACAAGCUGUCAAGUUUAAAGAGGCUGAGAAUACUAGAUAUCCGAAACUUGGAGACCAAGAUGGGUGAUGCUGAGGUUGAUUGGAUGGCGCAUGAGUGGAGUAGGCUAGAGGUUGUUCGAGGCAAUCUGAAUCGCGGCCUGAAGUCUUCUGAGGCGAGAGCAUUAGUCACACGACUGAAGUGCAAGUUACCGGAUGUUGUUUAUUAUUCGGAAUAA